CCCAGACAGCUGCAAGCUCGUGGCAAUGCAUCUUUCGAACGAGAGGGAGGGAGAACAGCAGCAGUCGUCUGGGCACUCAGCAAACUAUCGCAGUUGUCUGGGUGACAGCUACCUCGGCUCGACAGUUUAUGAGCGAGUAAAGCAUGAGAAGAGAGGAUUCUCUUACCGACUGGACAGCGCAAGGAGACUCACCCUAAAAAAACUUUGACAUGAAGAAGGAUAUUGAGACGCUGAUAGCAGAGGAACGGGCUGACAUCAUCUCCAAGUAUGACAAGGGCAGGCAGGAGGGUGUCCACAUCGACCCCUGGGAGGAUAAUGACUACAGCAUCUAUAAGGUCACAGACCGCCACGGCUUCCUGCACGAAGAGGAGCUGCCCACUCCGAGUGCAAUUGAAGAGAAGCAAAAGCAUCACGAGAUAGAGCGGGUGGAGAAAUGGCUGAAGAUGGUCAAGAAGUGGGACAAGUACAGGAACAGCGACAAGAUGGUGAAGCGUGUGUACAAGGGAAUCCCCCUCCAGUUGAGAGGCCAAGCCUGGGCUCUGCUACUGGACAUAGAGAAGGUGAAGCAGGAGAACUCUGGAAAGUAUGAGACUAUGAAGGAGCAGGCCAGAAGUUUCUCUACAGAGAUCAAACAGAUUGAUCUGGAUGUCAACAGAACCUUCCGGAACAACAUCAUGUUCAUGGAACGCUUUGGAGUCAAGCAGCAGGCCCUGUUCCAUGUGCUAGCGGCCUACUCCGUAUACAAUACGGAGGUGAGCUACUGCCAGGGGAUGAGUCAGAUCGCCGCCAUCCUGCUCAUGUACCUGAACGAGGAGGACGCCUUCUGGGCCUUGUCCCAGCUCCUCACAAACAACAACCACACCAUGCAUGGAUUCUUCAUCCCUGGGUUCCCCAAGCUGCAGCGCUACCAGGCCCACCACGAGCAGAUCCUGUCCAAGCUCCUCCCCAAGCUAAAGAAACACCUGGACAGAGAGCAGAUGUCCAAUGGAAUAUACACCACUAAAUGGUUCCUGCAGUGCUUCAUAGAUAGGACCCCGUUCACCCUGACCCUGCGCUUGUGGGACAUCUACAUCCUAGAGGGAGAGAGGAUACUCACAGCCAUGGCCUACACCACCCUCAAAAUACACAAGAAGCGCUUGCUGAAGCUUCCUCUGGAGGACCUGAGGGAGUUCCUCCAGGAGCACCUGUCCAGCUCAUUCUUCCUACCCGACGACGUGGUGGUGGAGCAGCUGCAGGCGUCCAUGGCCGAGCUCCGUAAGAUGAAGCUGGACCUCCCACCAUCAGCCAAGUCAGAGGAGCUGCCUAAGAAGCCCCUCGGUGAGGAGCGGCCUGUUCUCCUGAUGCCCUUCCAGCGUGAUCUAGCCCUCCCUCUGGACCAGCCCAAGACAAGUCUCCAGCCCCCGCUCCAGCCCCACAUGGAGGCCCACAGGCCGGACACCAUCACCCUUGACCGCUCCUUCUGUCCCGGGGACACCCAGGACACCAGCAGCAUCCCUGGGGCCCACGACCCCCUGCGCCCCAUGCCCUCUCAGGAACCAGUAGUAGUCCACAAUCAGGCUCUGAUGCCAGAAGGGCCUAAAAUGUGUCCAGUCACCCCACCCAAGCCUCCGCCGAAGCCACAUAAGGUUUGUUCCACUCCCGGGGUGCGGGGUGUCAGGGAUAGGGUGGAGGAGUGUCCGAGUGACCAUGUCUCAGAGGUGGAGAAAGGAGGAGAAAGGACUCUGUCUGAGGGUAGGGGUGGUAGAGUGGGGAUGGAGGCCCGAUCUGCAGGUCCAGAGACCCAGGAAGAGCCCGGUUACUGGCCUCCGCCCUACGAGCCCCCUGUUGGGGAUGUUUCCAUCACACAGUCUGGAUCAGGGUCCAAGACACUGGAGUUCCCGGAUCUACCCCCUCCACCCUUUUACUCUAUGGAAGAGAGCGCCCACACACCCCUGGGCCCCGAACCUCUAUGCUUGCGAGACGGGACCAAGGUAGGGCUGAAGUCGGACUCUGUGCCCCCCUGCUCGGCUCUUUCACUAGGGGUAGAACCCCUACCGAAGCCUAAGAGUCCGCGUCCACCUCCACCCACGUCCCUGGACCUCAUCCUGGAGGAAUCCCCGUCCUCGCGGCCCUCUUUUUCCCUCGCCUUUGCCAAGCCGCCCCCCCGAAUCACCUUCAAGCCCACUAUGUUCCCCGUGUCACUCUGCGUGCCCCAGACGGCAGGAGACCGCCGGCCCUCAAACACCUCCCAGUACGACAACCUCUCUGAGGCUGACGGCGAGGACUGCUUCAUGGACCGGCUGCUGGAGGUGGCCACUACCCUGCCGCAGAGCCCCUUGCCAGGCACCAGCCCUCAGGAAACACUGGGGAUGUUCGGCCUACCACCACCGCCGCGCAUACCUGAGCUAGAUGAUGACCUCUCAUCCUCCUCUCUUUUCCAUCCCCUACCGCCGCCUCCUCCAGUGUUCCUCCUUUCCCUGCCCGACACCUCCUCUCCCACCCUUAUCUCUGCCUCUCCCUCCCCCUCUCCUCUUCCUACCACCUUCUCAGCCCUUCCCUCUCUUCCACAGGAGCCGGACUAUGAAGGACAGGAGGAGAGCUGGGUGGUAGACUCCAUCGUCAUCCCUCCGCCGCCGCCCUGCUUCGCCGAUAGACUGGCUCCUUUCCAGUGUAGCCCUCCUCCUAACCACCACACUGGGCUCCACAGCCUAAUGGACACACACAGAGCCACCACUGCCGACCAGAGCCAAAGCUCAAACCAGAACCAGGUCUCCUCCCAGUUACAAAAACUGCCCACGGCCCACAGGCCCCUCCCUGCCCUGCCUGCCUUCACGGCCUAGAUGCUGCUUCCGGGGCCCUCAUCUGGACAGUCGGCAGGAGAGGUCACCUCAGUACGAUCCAACCCAGACUUUUAUAGAAUGCAUGCUGGAAGCCACCAGCUGCCCAAAUCGGUCACCUUUUAGGGUUUCUAUAGUUUGAAAGAGUUUGAAAGGUAAAGAAUUUGAGACACGUGGCUGUGUGGGAACGAGACAAUGGACUGAAGAGACUGCUGCAAUUACCUACUGUGCUCAUCUAACAUACAAAGCCAUUUUGUAGGAGGGAGAGGGAAAAACCCUUAGUGUGGUCAGUUGCUGUUGUUGGAGAGAGCAAAUCACUUUUUUCAUAGUUAUGUAUAGAUAUUUUGUGGUGUUUGCACCUUUUUAUGAAGGGCAACAAGUAGUUUUCUAAAUGUUCACCUAAAUUUGAAACCGUAGUCUUGCCUCACAUUUUGGAGGUAGUUUUAAGGUGUGUGUGCAUGUGUCUGGCAAUAUGACCAGUUGGUCUUUUCAUCAUGUAGGAAUCUGUUUCUUUCAGUUAAUUUUUCCUGUAACAGCAGUGUCUUAAGCAUUGAGCAGUUUAACAUCCAAUGAAAACAGGAAUUUCUGUUCAAGAACUUAACUCAAAGGCUUUCCAAGUUGGCAUACAGUCAUUGUGAAGCACCAAAGGCCUAUAUCCCAUACCAGUACUUAAUUUAUUUGAGCAGGCUCACAGAACUCAAUCAAAUAUAGUUAGACCAUAUGGUUAUUGAACUUAUUUGAAUUUGCUUAUACACUGCUUAAAAACAUUAUUUGUAAACUAUUUAAAUAACAUUUAUAUAGCCUGUUAUUCAUGAUUUUGUAAUGAUGAAUAGUUGGCAGUUUAUACUUAAACGUAUGUUACAUACUGAACGUGGGGAAAUUACAUAUGAUGAUUUACACGCCAUUUGUUGGUUACCAAUCUAUUUAAAGAUUUUGUAUAAGCAAAAUGUUUAAGCAGACCUUCAAAUUAGGUGCUCUCACUAUUUAACUCUCUCUCGUUGAUAGAGCCAUGGUGCAAUAGUCACUACUGUACAUACUGACGCAUGUUUCAUUGAGCAUCAAGGACUUAUAGUCGAGUCCUUUUUCUUUUAUGUUAGAAGCAGUACUGUGUUGGUUUGGAUUUUGCUGGUUUUCUUUGUUUCAUCUUGUGGAUGUCGUUUCCAUUUUCGAAGGCAUUUUAUUGUGUUACUAUUAUUCCAAUUUGUUUUGAUACCUUUCUGUGACAUCACAGCAAUAACGUACUGUACAUAUUUUAUGGAGAAGGGUUAUGCACAGUACCAGUCAAAAGUUAGGACGCACCAACUCUUUCAAGUGUUUUUCUUUAUUUGUACUUUUUUCUACAUUGUAGAAUAAUAGUGAAGACAUCAAAUCUAUGAAAUAACACAUGGUAUCAUUUAAUAACCAAAAAAAAGUGUUAAACAAAUCAUUUAGAUUCUUAAGAGUAGCCACCCUUUGCCUUGAUGACAGCUUUGCAUACUCUUUGCAUAUUUCCCACUUUCAUGGGAAAUGCUUUUCCAACAGUCUUGAAGGAUUUCCCACAUAUGCUUAGCACUAGUUGGCUGCUUUUCUUUCACUCUGCGGUCCAACUCAUCCCAACCCAUCUCAAUUGGGUUGAGGUCGGGUG